AUGAUUGCGCUCACGGAGAAGCGUGUGUUGAACAAAGACGAUGUAGUGGUAGAGAUUGUGCUGAAGAAAAGUGCUGCAGACCCAGAAAUGGUCAAGUCUCAUGCAUUGGUGUACAUCCACGAGUUGGGAGUUGUAUACGAAUCGAGUCUCGCCACAUUCUGCGACCCUUACCUCAAGACAGGAAAGACAUCCUUGGCCAAAAGCUUAGCCCAAAAAAUAAGCAUUCGUAUGAAUGACCGCUUUAGUUAUGGGCAGCUCAUAACAGUCAAUAGCCACAGCGUGCUUUCCAAGUUCUUCUCCGAGAGUGGAAAACUGGUGCAGAAAUUAUUUCAACAAAUCCACGAAGUGCUACACCCAGAUACCUUUGUGUGUGUGCUGGUAGAUGAAAUAGAGUCGUUGGCUACCUCGAGGGCAACAUCGUCAUCAGAUCCAAGUGAUUCUGUGAGAGCUGUCAAUGCGAUGCUGACCCAGUUGGACAAGCUUGCGAUGUAUGCGAACAUCCUAAUAAUCGCCACAACCAAUCUCACUGGCGCUCUAGACGCUGCGUUCGUUGACCGCGCCGAUUUGUGCGUGCAGAUUGCAUUGCCCAAUACAUCCAUCCGCUAUGAGAUUCUGCGCAGGUCACUUCAAGAUUUGAUACGAUGCCGCAUCAUCAGUACAGACUCCAACAGCUCAGAUGUCGGCUUGAUUCGACCUUACCACACCUUAACAGAGAAUUCGAGCCCAGGAAGUCAAGCACUCCUUCGUAUCGCGAAGGAUUGCGAGAAUCUCAGUGGAAGAGCUCUGAAACGGCUGGCUUUCGUCACGCACCUCUCGUGCGCUCAACAGACUGAUAUACCUCUGUCUCGUUUUCUCGAGCAACUGGCGGAGACAAGUAAAACUCGGCCGUCGGGGCUUGGGCAAUGA